AUGAAUACUGCACCGAGCGCUCAAACUCAACAGGGUAUUUACAUCGGGCAACGAAAGACAGUGAAUGGGACAGGCGUUAACUAUUGGUAUGGCAUACCGUACGCACAGCAACCGAUUGGUCGUCUUAGAUGGAUGCCUCCUCAGCAGCUUCCUACGUCCCAUGGUACUCGAUAUGCGCUGAUUCCCAACGUUUGUCCACAAAAGAAUGAUUUUCGCAUUGUAUUCACCGAAUCGUGCCUCACUUUGAAUGUAUAUACACCUAUGAAUGCAAAUAAUUUGCCAGUUUAUGUUUGGAUUCAUGGUGGUAGUUUUACAACCGGCGCUGGUGUCGAGUACGAUGCUGCAUCGUUCGUUAGCGUCAGUGUGAAGAAUUCGGUUCCGAUCGUUGUCGUCACCAUCAAUUAUCGACUGGGUUUACUGGGAUUUCUUGCCGAUGAAGCAUUGUACGAGGAAAGAUCAGGCGUCAAUAAUCGUAGUACCACCGGCAACUAUGGUAUCCUAGAUCAGAUGAUGGCCGUAGACUGGAUCAAAAAGAACGCUGCUGGCUUUGGUGGAGACCCCGGGCAAAUUACUAUUGGCGGAGAGAGUGCUGGUGGUGUCGGUGUAACCAUUCUUCUAACCUCUCCAUUGACGACGAAUGGUACUUUUCAGCGAGCUAUUAUUGAAAGUGGUGGCCUUUGGCCCAGUGCUGCCACUCCAUUGGAGAAGGCUAUUAACAGCAGUGGCAAAAUCCUUCGAGUGAUGGCUAAUUGUACUACCGUACAAUAUAUGUCUACCAAACGUUAUUUAAUAGAUGAAGCAAAACAUAAAAAAUAUGUACUUAAUGGUAUUAAACGUUCAACUCGUCCACCAAGUAAAAUCGAUUCAAAAAAAUCAAUUCAUAAACAGCGACUCUUUGGAACUACUUCACUUCCACCAGAAGUUGAUCUUCGAGAACAUAUGACACCCACUGAAGAUCAAUCAAGCGUUUCAAGCUGUACGACUAAUGCUCUUGCAGGAGCUUAUGAAUAUUUAUUAAAAAAAACGACUGGUCGUCAUAUUGAUGUUAGUCGUUUAUUUAUGUAUUAUAAUGCACGAGUUAAAGGUAAUGUCGACGGAGGACCAAUCGAAGAUGUUGGUUGUGUGAUGACUGAUGCUAUUGAGGCGUUAAGUGAAUUUGGUGUAUGUCUCGAAUCACUCUGGCCAUAUGAUAUAUCAAAAGUUGAUACACGUCCUAGUGAACAAGCUUUUGCGCAAGCAAAAGAUCAUUCAAUAAAACCAGCAGCUUCAGUUGACAUUGAUUUAAACGCAAUGAAAAAAUGUCUUGCAGAUGGUUUUCCAUUUGUAUUUGGUUUAGAUUUGUUUGCUUCAUUUAAUAAAGCAUCAGAAAGCGGUAUUGUACCAAUGCCAGAUAAAAAUGAAAUGAGCCUAGAAAUCCAUGGAAGUCAUGCAAUGUUAGCUGUUGGUUAUAAUGAUCAAUCACGAACAUUUAUUGUUCGAAAUUCAUGGGGAGAAGAUUGGGGUGAUAAAGGAUAUUGUUAUAUGCCAUAUGAUUAUUUGACUCACCAAACUUAUUGUUUUGAUGUAUGGGCUAUUCAUGAGUUGGUGAAUGCUAAUUUUGGAGAAGACAGUUGGUCUCCUGAAAAGAAUGAUAAUCCUAUUGACAAUGAUCAGAGUCACUCUUCCGAUAUUGAUCAUGAUUCUUAUCCUGUAACUGAUCCGGUCGACGGAGAUGAUGGUCGCAAUCAGGACUAUAUUGUCGAUUACGAUACUCCGUAUGAUAACAACAAUCAAGGAAAUGAUAGUUAUCUUUAUCCGGACACAUACCAAUAUGAUCAAGGUUUCUUUUUUUUGUGUAUAUCAUGA